AUGUUCUCAAGACGGGCCGUCCAGGUAUUCGUCCUCCAUAUAGCUGGCCAAGAAGCACAUGCUAACCGCAUCCACCGCGCAGGCCCUUCGCAGCAAUGCCCUCUCCGCCGCCCACCAACCGUCGAUCGCCGCGCGAUGUAUGCCGAGACAACUAUCCAGAAGAGCAUGUGGAAGAGGUGUCGCUAACAUUCGGUCGAAGCAUAUGCGAGCGUCUCAUCAGACAUCUUCAAGCCUACCAAGUUUGGCGGCAAAUACACCGUCACUCUGAUCCCAGGUAUGCGCCUCAAAAGCAAAUAUACGGCUUGCUGGUGAAGUCGCAAGGCUGAGAAAAGUGACAUAGGUGACGGUAUCGGUGCGGAAGUCUCGGAGUCUGUCAAGACCAUCUUCAAGGCCGACAAUGUGCCCGUCGAAUGGGAGCAGGUCGACGUCUCCGGAAUGGAGACCGGCAGCAAGCACUCAGAGGAGCUCUUCCGCGAAUCGCUUGCAUCCCUCAAGCGCAACAAGCUCGGAUUGAAGGGUAUCCUGCACACUCCAGUCAGCCGCGCCGGCCACCAGUCUUUCAACGUCGCUCUCCGACAAGAGCUUGACAUCUACGCCAGCAUUGUCCUUAUCAAGAACAUCCCAGGCUACGAGACCCGACACAAGAACGUCGACCUCUGUAUCAUCCGUGAGAACACCGAGGGAGAGUACUCUGGUCUGGAACACCAGUCCGUCAGCGGUGUCGUCGAAUCGCUGAAGAUCAUCACUCGCACGAAGUCGGAGCGUAUCGCCAAGUUUGCUUUCUCCUUCGCUCUUGCGAACAACCGACGCAAGGUCACCUGCAUCCACAAGGCCAACAUUAUGAAGCUUGCUGACGGUCUGUUCCGCAACACUGUCCGCAAGGUCGCAGAGGAGUACCCAACCAUCGAGACAAACGACAUGAUCGUCGACAACGCCAGCAUGCAGUGUGUCAGCAAGCCACAGCAAUUUGAUGUUAUGGUCAUGCCCAACCUGUACGGCAGCAUCAUCUCCAACAUUGGCGCUGGUCUUGUCGGCGGUCCGGGUAUUGUACCGGGCUGUAACAUGGGCCGAGAAGUCGCCGUUUUCGAACCAGGUUGCCGUCACGUCGGUCUUGAUAUCCAGGGCAAGGACCAGGCCAACCCUAUAGCUUUGAUCCUUUCCGGAACCAUGAUGCUGAGACAUCUUGGCUUGGACGACCAUGCCAACCGCAUCAGCAAGGCGGUAUACGAUGUAAUCGCCGAGGGCAAGACUCGAACACGCGAUAUGGGCGGCUCGUCUAGCACCCACGAGUUCACCCGGGCCGUUUUGGACCACAUGGAGGCGCAAUAG